AUGCCGGAGAUCUGCAGUGGCUUCUCUUUGAUCAGACUUGUGUUUGCAGUGCUGCUGCCUGCAGCAGCUUAUCAAUCCCCUCUGCCCACAGACUGUAGUGACAUCUACAGAGGUGGUGCAGGCGUGGAUGGAGUAUACACCAUCUAUCCAGCUGGCUCCACCUCUCCUGUGCAGGUUUACUGUGACAUGAGCAAAGACGACAUCGACAACUCAGCAGAAAAAUGGACGGUGAUUCAGAGAAGACAAGAUGGCACAGUGAACUUCUUCAAGAAGUGGGAGCACUACAAAACCGGAUUUGGGAGCGCUGCUGGAGAGUACUGGCUGGGCCUGGAGACAAUGCAUCUGCUAACCCAACGCAAGAACUAUGAGCUGAAGGUCGACAUGGAAGAUUUUGAAGGCCAGAAGGUCUUUGCCCAUUACUCCUCCUUCUCUGUUGGCCCAGAGUCAGAUGGAUAUAAGUUAAACCUGGGAAGUUUCAUCAAAGGGGCAGCAGCGGAAGAAGCCAUAUUGAAGAAGGUGUGUAGCGCAGCUGAUCCGGUUCACAGAUUCACUUUCUCACUAAACGUGCAGCCCCAAGGAGUCUCUAAAGUGGUCAGGGAGCAGGAAGGGGGCGGUGUAAGUUCUUCGGAAACGGUAAAAGGUCCAGGUGCGGCGGUGGAGCGGUAUGCAGAUGCAGCCUGCAGUUACGCUCAGACGACGCAGGAGUCCCGACACAAGGGGGCAGCAUUACUACCAUAA